AUGGACGAAUCCAGCAGCAACCAGAACGAGAAAAUUGCGGCCAAGGACGAAGGUGACACCCAAGAUUGUCAAAUGACGAAGCUUGCCGACAAGAUGAGCAUCGCGUCAUUGUUCCUGGCGCCCGAGCAAGAGGACUGUGUCACUCUCAAAGCCGGAGGAAAGACCUUCAUCUUCAAGAAGAGCAUCCUCAUCAAAGACUCCGAGUACUUCGCCACCUGCUUCAAGAACGAGAACUUUGUUGAGGGCAAGACUUUGACUGUCGAGUUCGACGACAUCGACCCCGACCUCCUCGGUAUCUACCUCCAUCUCGCAUUCAUGCUGGCCAUCAAGAACUCUGUGAAGUUUGACCCCGGCCUGAUGAAGGAGCCAAAGCGCCUGAAGCCUAUGGUCGACCUAUACGAGAUUGCCGACCGCUUCAUGAAUCCAAAGAUGACCGGACUCGUUGGCUUCUCGAUCCUUGAAAUGGCUGAGGAGCAUCCCAUCAACAAAUUCCCACGCAACAUGACUGAUCAGGAACGAUCUUGGACCAUGAAGAACUACAAGGAAGCAUUCGAAGCCCUUAACUACGGAGACGACGAUCGGGACUACGUGCGAGAGAAGCUGGUUGCCGCCUACUGUCAUUGGGUUCCUCUUGAAAACUUCAGGCACGACCUUGCUGCGUUGGAGGAUGCUCCAGAAUCAAACGUCAGAAUCGCCUUCUCCAUGCAACAGACCAUUCCCCCGCUGGAUUUGGCCCAAAGCCUGGGAAGGGGGCAACGGACUCUUGGACACGGGUGA